AUGCGUUUGGUGGGUGGAGAAGGGAUUACUUACCUUGACCAUGCUGGUUCAGCACUUUUCCCAGAGAGUCUGCUUAAAGCUUUUACUGAUGACCUCAGAAACAACGUUUAUGGCAACCCUCAUAGUCAGAAUAUCAGCAGCAAGCUGACAUAUGACACAAUCGAGCAUGUUCGAUACAGAAUAUUGCAACACUUUCACACUACUGCUGAGGAUUACACCAUCAUUUUCACAUCUGGAUGCACAGCUGCACUUAAACUGAUAGCAGAAUCAUUCCCUUGGAUACCUGAAGGCACAAAGCAACCCAGCAGUCGAUUUUGUUACCUAACUGACAGCCAUACAUCUGUGGUUGGUAUAAGGGGCAUAACUGCUUCAAUGAAUGUCUUGUCAGUUCCAAUAAAACCAAAGGAAAUUUUGUUAGCAAAAAGCAGGUUACCAACCGAAGAACAAAACUGCACAACACCUCAUCUAUUCUCUUACCCAGCUCAGAGCAAUUUUUCUGGUACUAAAUAUCCCCUUUCAUGGAUACAGGACAUAAAAUCUGGAAAACUCUGCCCCAUCAAAAUACCAGGGAAGUGGUUUGUUCUACUAGAUGCAGCCUCAUACGUAAGCAGUUCUCCAUUAGACCUGGGAGUUCACCAAGCUGACUUUAUCCCCAUCUCAUUCUAUAAAAUCUUUGGAUUCCCAACUGGUUUAGGAGCAUUAUUGGUAAACAACAGGAUUGCUCCCCUCUUGAGGAAAACCUAUUUUGGAGGUGGAACUGCAGCUGCCUACCUCGCAGGAGAGGAUUUUUAUUUCCCAAGGAGAUCCAUUGCAGAAAGGUUUGAAGAUGGUACAGUCUCUUUUCUUGAUAUCAUUGCUCUGAAACAUGGAUUUGAUGUUCUGGAAAAACUCACAGGUGGAAUGGAGCAAAUAAAACAGCAUACCUUUGCAUUAGCUCACUACACCUAUACUGUGCUUUCUAACUUAAAAUAUGCCAAUGGGGCUCCUGUAGUACGUAUUUACAGUGACACAGAUUUCAGCAAUCCUGAUGUCCAAGGUCCAAUCAUUAAUUUUAAUGUGCUCGAUGAAAAUGGAGAAGUGAUCGGCUUUUCACAGUACAGUAAGUUGUUAAUUGUUUGGAGAUACAAUUUACCCCCACUGAUUUUUACCUGCCAGAUGCAUUUGAACAUCAGCAAUGAGGACAUCCAAAGGAACCUGCAGGCUGGCCAUGUCUGUGGAGAUAACAUAGACCUAGUUGAUGGACGUCCCACUGGCUCUGUGAGAAUAUCCUUUGGCUACAUGUCUUCUUUUGAAGAUGCACAGACUUUCCUGAAUUUCAUCAUAGCCACCAGACUCUCCAAAUCGGAUGCUGAGAUUCCUUUCCAGUCUGCUACAAAGCUGACGGCAGAGUCUGUUCCAGAUGACCACCUUUCUUUUAACAAGGCAGAUAAAUUGUCUCCAGCACUGCAAAUCUCUGACAGAGAGCUCAGGAAUAUUCCAUCUGAGGCAGAGACAACUGGCAGCUGGCAGCCACUGGAGCCUGAGGCAGAAAGCAUAAGGGCAGCUGUUUCUGAGACUGCAGUGCCAACAUGCAGAAAAGGUGGCAAGCCCAUCACUGUCGCCAAAAUUUACCUCUACCCAAUCAAAUCCUGCUCUGCGUUUGAGGUUACAGAAUGGCCAGUAGGAAACCAGGGUUUGCUGUAUGACCGAAACUGGAUGGUUGUAAACCAGAAUGGAGUCUGCAUGACUCAGAAGCAGGAGCCAAGGCUGUGUCUUGUGAAUCCCUCAAUUGAUCUGAAGCAAAAAAUUAUGGUCAUCCAAGCAGAAGGCAUGGACCCAAUAUCUGUGCCGCUAGAAGACAAUACUAGAAAAGAGGCUGUGAUCUGUGACAGUAAAGUCUGUUCACACAGGGUAAAAACAUAUGACUGUGGAGAGAGAAUUGCUGACUGGCUCUCUACAUUUCUUGGUCGUCCAUGUCGCUUGAUAAGACAAAGUUCAGAUGUGAAAAGCAGGCCACAUCAGAAAAAUACAAAAGGUCUGUCAUCUGCUACAAACAUCUCACUCUCUCUUGUGAAUGAAGCACAGUACCUCCUGAUAAAUGUAGCAAGCAUUCUGCAGCUGAAAGAACAUAUUUCUGCAAGAUUGAAGGAGCCAUUGGAAACAGAGGAAUUGAUCCGACGUUUCCGUGCCAACAUUGUCAUCAGUGCACCAGAGUCCUUUGAGGAGGAAGAGUGGGCUGAGAUUUCAAUAGGUGCUCUGCAGUUCCAGGUUGUGGGUCCAUGUAGCAGAUGUCAAAUAAUCUGCAUUGAUCAACAGUCUGGGGAACGAAACAAAGAAAUUCUGCAAUCCCUGUCUGCUGCCAGAGGUAGAAAGACAAACUUCGGCAUAUACCUCAUGAACCAGCCCUUGCUCUCAUCCUUUUCAGAUGUUUUAUCAGUUGGGUCUCAAGUACUUCCAGUGCUGAAGGAGAAUACAGAAAUUCAGCCUCCGACAUCCAGUGAAGAAAAACGUUCAGGAUAGAGUCUCUGGUGGAGAUGAAAUUUUUAUGCAACUACAGGGAGAAGUCAGUAGUCAGUUACUCAAAAGAAAGAAUAAGCUUCCACUCAUUUACUUCUGAUAAUUUUCUGUUUGCUGUAAAUGUUAUCAGAUGGCAAAACUGUUGAUAAUUACAGCUCACCUACAUGUUUUUGCUUGUGAUUAUGUUGCAGCAGCCAUAACUCUAUUUUGCACAAUUGCUUCAGGAUGCAACAGGUUUGAUCAAGUCUUACUGGUAGAUGACUCCCAAAACAAGCCCAGUGUUGUUGUCAGAAAGCCACAUCUCAAUGAAGGAAAGUAAACACAAUCAUACACUACUUCCUUCUACUGCUUCAUCAAAACCCUAAUUAGGAGUGAGGAUGCAAGACAUAUUUUAGAAACAAUGUGGGUGGGAAGAGAACAGUGGGAGAGUGGCAUGAGAGUAGCAGUGCAUUCAGCUUUUCCAAAUGAAAACUGAAGGUGACGUGUAGACAGUCUGAAAGCAAUGGAAAAGAGGGAAUUAUUGGGAAAUCAGUAUCUCCUUUUUCAGAAGUAGUGUGUGAGAAUGCCAACAAGGCACAAAGAUGAUGAGGAUUCAGGAUGCCGUUUGCAAAACACAUUGCCUGUGAAGGAAUGCCAUCCAUUUGUUCUCAACUUCUUUCUCUUCCAUUUGUCACUUUUCUGUGUGAUUUAUUUUACGUGAUGUCUUCCUUGGGAUUUUCUGUGUAAUAAUGUCCCUGCCUAUGGAAGGGGAGUUGGAGCUAAAUGAUCUUCAAGGUCCCUUCCAACCCAAGCCAUUCCAUGAUUCUGUGAGUUCCACACUCUUGUUCCCUUAUGUAUUUGUGGAUGCUGACACAUCAUUUCUAAUUAGAGAUUUUUCAAGCAAUACAGUCAUUUUCUAUACAAACUUUGUUCCUCCUCAGCAACAUCUAAUGGCCACUUAAGGGAACUCAAGAGUUUGAAUGCUUCUCCAUCGAAAACAGGUCAAAGUAUUCUUUUUUCUUACUCUUUGUUCAUUUCAUAAUGCCCUUCUUAAACAGCUGUUUGAAGCUCCUAAACAAGACUCAUGUUUUAUGAUUUAUGAGAGCAAAUGUCUGAAACCUUAGUCUGAAGUAUCAAUUAUUGGGAAAAUUACGAAAAAUAAAUUUAGGAAGACAUGGAGCAAAAAUGAAAACCCACAUGGAAAGUCUGUGUAAAUCAAGACUGAAUACAUUGAGGCCAGGUGUUUUAUGACCCUCAACAUGUGUCUAGCUAGCCAUGGGAUGAUUUCAUGCUUCUAGGAAGUCCUUCUGGAAGACAAAAUUCUCCUAGACUGGCUGCUCUAUUGACAUCUGGGAAGUGAAAUUUUGACCCUGCUAAAAGCACAAUAAAAACUCUCACCCAAUAUGAUUUAGAUCUUCCUUGGGGCAAUGUUGGCUCCAGCUGUGUGUGAAAGUGCUUCUGGCUGAAGCAGUCCUUGAGUUGUUUGAGCAUAUCCCCGGAGGGAGGCAGGCGGCUUUGUGAAAGAGUUGGUCCAACAGCCAUUCUGAAAGGAGAGCGACUACCACAGAGCAGCAUAGAAUGGGAAAAAGGAAGCUCAUCACCCAGUGCACAAAUCAGAAUUAAAAAAUGCUCUUUCUUCUUUCUCUCUUUCUGUUUUUUUUUUUCUUUUUAAAUGCAUAAUGGUUUCCUUUUUCUUUUGUUCUUUUGAAGAACUGGUUUUACUCACUUCAGUUGGAACAGUCUCUCAGCAGAGCUUUGUAAUGGAAAUGAGAAGAAACAUUAUCUGUUUCUUACAAUCUGCCAUAAAAUAGAUGGAAAGAGAGAGGUUUUUCAUAUGUAUGUAAACUGAGAAUCUGUUUUCAGAGUUGUACCUUCCACUUCAGAGCCCGAGGUCUGCUCCUUGAUGCCUACUUUGAAAAGCAGGGGGUUUAUCUCUCUAACAGUCAGUUAUCUGAGGUUGUAAUGAGCAGGCUUUUUUGGAACCUUGAAAAGCAGUUUCCUGGUAUCUAAAUCUCUUAACUGCUUCACUCUUUGCCUUUCUGUUAUGCAGAGCAUUGCUUUGUUGGGUAGAAAGCCAGCAUAGUUCUGACAGAUUAAAUAUGAAGAGACCUGUUGUAUGCUGACCUUCAGUGAUCUCUGGUGCUCUGCUCUGUCCUCUUCACCUCACCACUGUGGCAUUUGUUUAACGUGGCACAGAAUUUAGAAGAGGAAAUUGAAAACAACCUCAGAAAGCUCUGUUUCACUCAUUAUUGCAUUUAGUACAAAAUAAGUCACUUUGGUACACAGUGGGUUGACAAAUACUGUUUGUGAGUAUCCAUAAUGCAAUGUAUGAUAACUAUGGAUGAGAGGAUUUGAACUUUAAAAAUGUCAUGCUUGGUCAUUUUGACCUAUUAUUUACAGUCAAUUACACAUUCUCUCUACUGUGGCUUAGCAAUAUUAGAUCAAGAAUAGUUUUGCCAUUUUACAGGGGAAAAAGAAAGAUUUUCUUUGAUGUAUGAACAUACUCAUUAGUAUAGUCUGCAUUUCCCAGAAGGAACAUCCUUGUGGUGCAGUGGUAGGAAAUGUCACUACACUUCAGAUUGAUGGAAGAUAUAUAAGGAAUCUUUCAGCUAAAUAAAGGAUAACAUUUCCCUUCUAGUAAGUGGAGUGUUCCUGCCAGUACUGAUAUGUCUUUCCAUCGAUGGAGACAAAUUCUUCUAGGUUCCAAAACUGUGGAAAAUCUUGAAGUAUGAAGAGUCACUUUAAAAUGGCAUGAAAUGUAAGUUUUCAGAAAGAACAUCCCUCCCAUAAUGUGAAAAAAUAAUUCAAAGGAAGGAGAAAUUUAGCAUACUGUAACCCCAAGGACUGCAGAUACAAAAGGGGCACAAACACUUUGAAACACUAUAUAAAAAGUAUAUUUUCUGUAAGGGUUAAUUUCUUAACUUUUCAAGUAUAUAGAAAAUAAGACUAUUUCAUAUGGAUAUGGGCUCUUUGAUCUAAAUACUCUGACUACUGCAAAAUGAAACCUUUGGAAUAAUUUCAGAUAUAUGUUUGCCUUAUAUGGAUAAUGAAUGUACUUAAUACAGCAUAAUAUAAUAUUAAUAUAGCACCAGAGUGCUAUAUGUAGAAAGUCCUCUAUAUAUUUGAAAACCAAAUCCUUAUUUACUUGCAAUGAAUUAUUCAGAUACAUUCCAUUCUCUGUGAGACUUAGUUCCUUCUCAAAUCUCAAGGUAAAAAUGGUGAUUGUUACAAGCUCUAAUAAUAGCCAGGAGGCUGAAAUCACAAAACAGAAAUCAGCAUUUUUAGGAGAAGUUUCUGAGCUCUGUGUUUUCUGAUAUGACUAAGACAUUUCAGAUUAUGAUUUAGCUACUUUCAGUGAUAUCCUUCAAAGUAUAAUAAAAAUUUUAGGUCAUCUUUCUGUCAAAAUUACACCCAAAUCAAAAUGAAGGACUGCAUUAAAAAUGUGAUUAUUCUUCAUAAAUUGUAGAGAUUAUGCUAUGCAAAUGUUCUUUCAUCUGGUUUUUAACUUCCUUGGAAAUUAAAUCAAUAAAAUAGAUAUUGUGUUUGAUGUG